AUGUCGACGACUUCAUCUCCCUCGCCGUUGCAGGGCCCAACUGGCCGCGUCGAUGAGAAAUCUCUGCCCCAGGGUCAGUGCCGCUAUAUAUUGUUGGUCCCUGGCAUCAAAGGCCAACGAUGCGCUUGCGUUCACUUUUCUCUGAACCGAUCCACGCCCGGUGCCAGUUGCGACUGUGGACACAUGGCCUGCUACCAUGUCAAGACCCCAGAACCAUCAUCUACCAGAGAGGAGGUUGAGCUUUUGAAGCAGCGACUUCAGGCUCUCGAAGACCAACUUGACCAGCAGAGACAAGGUGGCCUUGGAACCGUUGUUGCCAGGGUGAGCGAGCUGGAAGAUCUCGUCGACAAGAGUCGUGAAGAGAUAGGUCAGGAAAUCAAGGGUUCUUAUCGAAAUAUCAACAGAGUAUGGCAGUCUGUGGAGCAGCUUGAGCGCCAAACCUGUCAUCUUCGGGAAACCCUACGUUCUCAGUCAGAACACAUGGAACGUGUUGACGUACAGUUGGGAAGCGUCACCAAUCGACAAAUGGAGCUGUUCGACGCCGACGAGAGCAUCGAAGAGAGACUGGAACAGUUGGAGGCGGAUCAUGAUUCUUUGGCCAGUCGAGGUGGCCAAGUCUCGGACACGACAGAGGAAACAACCCUGUUACGGUCAGACGUCGUGAUGGCCUCCAACCCGCAACCGCCGCCGCUGGUAGCCACGCUGUACCCACAGCCCGAUUCAAGCAACUGCGGGGCCUGGACAGUUCAUAUCUCACUUCUGCCGACAGCCUCUCAGCCUUUCCCUUUCGAAAGAGACACCAACGCCUACAAACGCUGCUUAUCCCGAGGCCUUCACCGCACUGUGGUAGUUGGCGGCCCAGAUAGUGACUCUUUCGUUGAGGCUGUUACAAAGUCUUUCGGCAGCCUGCUCAGAGGACGAUCCUGGAUGCCUCUACAGGCCAAGCUUUGCGACGCAGAAAAGCUCCAAGGGCUUCCCAUGCUCAGGCCACUGGACUCGAGACUCGUCGACUGCGACUAUGAUCUCAACUUUCUCAAGAGAUUCUGCGGUGUCUGCGAGGCCAACGGCAAGAUCGAUUCUCUAUAUAUAGCGAUGCGCCAGGACAAAUUUUCAUGGCAUUUUCUACGAAAUUCUCCGAUAUUCAUAGAAGGUCUCGAGAAUUGCUGGACUUACGAUCAUUUCUUGGAUCCAAACGACCCAGUUGAAGACGACCAUAUGGAAGAGCAUGAUCGACCUUCCGCCGGAGACAUUGUUCCGAGUCUCCCAAACUUGAAACGAGCGGCAUCCGAGAUGUCGCGGACAGCUGGCUUAACGACUGCAACGACAGGCGGCGAUUCCGACGGCUCUCGAACCAAGACACCCCGGACCACUUGCCUACCUAGUCUAGUUGAAUCGCGCAGGCGUUUGGAGACAGUGUGA